AACAACAGCCAGCGCCAUCAUGGGCAACUGUUUCAGCAGCACAGCGAAAGCGGAUCCGAAGGAUGCGAUCGGAGCCGUAUCGAUCGACAACGAGCCGGUGCUGGCCGGCAACUCGGUGGCCACCCCGCCGCAGGAGCAACCGAUCCGCCAACCGAUGCCGGCGCUACCGGAUCCGGGCAACGAUUCCAUCAGCACGGCCAAGAUAUUCGUCGCCCUGUACGACUACGAUGCCCGCACCGACGAGGAUCUUAGCUUCCGGAAGGGCGAACACUUGGAAAUAUUGAACGAUACUCAGGGAGACUGGUGGCUAGCACGGAGUAAAAAGACUCGACAGGAAGGCUACAUUCCGUCAAAUUACGUUGCCAAAUUGAAAUCGAUCGAAGCGGAACCAUGGUACUUCCGCAAGAUAAAGAGAAUAGAGGCCGAGAAGAAGCUGCUGCUGCCCGAGAACGAACACGGAGCGUUCUUGAUUCGCGACUCGGAAAGUCGCCACAACGAUUACUCGCUCUCCGUGCGCGACGGGGACACGGUCAAACACUACCGCAUCCGGCAGCUGGACGAGGGUGGCUUCUUCAUUGCCCGCAGGACCACAUUCCGUACGCUGCAGGAGCUGGUCGAACACUACUCGAAGGAUUCCGACGGGCUCUGCGUGAACCUCUGCAAACCGUGCGUACAGUCAAAUCGUUACUAUCAACUGUUUGAGAUCGAGAAACCUGUCACCGAUGGUCUAUCUCAUCGCACGCGCGAUCAGUGGGAAAUUGAUAGGACAUCGCUCAAGUUCGUACGCAAGCUCGGCUCCGGACAGUUUGGCGACGUCUGGGAGGGUCUGUGGAACAACACGACACCGGUGGCCAUCAAGACACUCAAAUCGGGCACAAUGGACCCGAAAGAUUUCCUUGCCGAGGCACAGAUCAUGAAAAAGCUGCGGCACCUGAAGCUCAUCCAGCUGUACGCCGUCUGCACGCUAGAGGAACCGAUCUACAUCAUCACAGAGCUAAUGAAGCACGGCUCACUGCUGGACUAUCUGCAAGGCAAGGGCAGAUCAUUGAAGCUGCCGCAGCUGAUCGAUAUGGCGGCCCAGAUUGCGGCCGGCAUGGCGUAUCUCGAGUCCCAGAACUACAUCCAUCGUGACUUGGCCGCACGGAACGUGCUGGUCGGUGAUAAUAAUAUCGUAAAGAUUGCCGAUUUCGGAUUAGCUAGAUUAAUCAAAGAAGACGAGUAUGAAGCUCGCGUUGGGGCCCGCUUCCCGAUCAAGUGGACCGCUCCGGAGGCGGCGAACUACAGCAAGUUCUCGAUCAAGUCGGACGUGUGGAGCUUCGGCAUUCUGUUGACGGAGCUGGUCACAUACGGCAGAAUACCGUAUCCUGGCAUGACGAACGCCGAGGUCCUGACGCAGGUCGAGCACGGCUACCGUAUGCCGCAGCCACAGAACUGCAACACUCCGCUGUACGAGAUCAUGCUCGAGUGCUGGAACAAGGAUCCGAUGCGGCGGCCAACCUUCGAGACGCUGCAGUGGAAGCUGGAAGAUUUCUUCACCAUGGACCCAAGUGAAUACAAGGAGGCCGCUCCCUUCUGAUAAACGCUCCGCCAGCAGCAACCCGCCACAUCAUCCGCCAGCCUUCGCUUCCGGGGAGCGAGAAGCGGCUGCACAUCACUUCAUACGUAAAUCACACCACACGUGGCGUCUCACAGACCAUCAUUACCUUCGCAUCUCUUUCUGUUUGGACCCCCUUCGGACCAUAGGAGAUCGUUCACUCAUCCGGCGGCGACCCUUUGCCGGCACCUUUCUGGUUAUUUAUUUAGAGCUUGUUUUCGUUCGAACACACGCAGCAUUCAGCAACUUCCGGUCACGUGGCUUCAGCUUCUCGUUAAUGCAUACCAACUACAGGAGGUUAGCAGGCAAAAUGGCCACAAAUAGGGGGCGCUCUGAGGGAAUGGGAACCGUGGGCAAACGAAGUCUCGUCGAUAGAGAGUACCGGAUAGAGUGCCGGAUAGAGAGGAUUCUUUCGAUUAGGUUGUUAGUUUUUUGUGUGAUAAAGAGAGGCAUGAUACAUCCGGUUCGUGUGCGGGAAUGCGCGCAAGAAGCUGUUUUGUUGAGCAUUUGGUUUUAUCUCCGAGCUCUGUUGUAUUAGCGGAAUUCGCUCGCUCGGACAGAUUUCUACCUCUACCUUUUUCGAUUUCUACCUCUACUUUUUUUGUUUUUUACCACUACUUUUGUAGUCUAUUUAUUGUUAUCUGUUUUCUCUUUCAAACUUUAAACUGGUACAAAACUUUUCUGCGUCCCCCGGGUCUUCGCAGUUUGAAACUUAGUUCUCAUUGAACUACUUUUCGUAUUUUCGCUGCUAGUCGCUAGCCAAUGCAAUUUGGACCUUUUGGCCCCCUUUUUUUAACUCUCCGUAUAGCAUGUAUUUCGUGUACACUCUUCUUGUGCGCUUCCCUGCCAUAAACCACCAUGUUGCUCCUCAUGGACGAUUGUCGUACGGUAGGCCUAAGGGGCGGUGUGGAAAAGAGAAGUAAAGCAAACGAUGGCGAAAGGCAAUACCUUAAAAAAGCAUCUUAAAAACUCGAACUCCUUUCAUUCCAUCCACCACCACCACACAAUCACAGCGCAGAGCCCCCACAGAACGACGAAAACGAACAAUCAAUCAAUCUCAAUAAUUAAGAAAAACCAAUCCCCCCCGUUGGCGGCGAUUUUCACGGCGGCCGCCCUUUUACUGACUGCUGUUGCGGGUGUGGCAUUUAUGUUUAAGGAGUAUGUUAAUCGAUGAUCGUUCAAUCGUUCUCAGUAUCCGGUAUAUUCACUGCUGUCUCUAAGGUCAUCUCGCUUCGCCGAAUACAAUCCGAGUUAAUCUACGAGUGUAAAUAUUUUUCCCGUUUAAAGUAACGUGUAAGUUCAUUUUCUGCUCCCGCAAUCGUAGUAGACCGUGAAAAAAGAAUCCGAUUCGCAAGCAAGUUGCUGUCUGCCGACGCCCAGCAGCAGCGCACUGGUUUCUGGUUUUCUUGAUCAAAGUAACCUUCGCCCUUCUUGAUGUGCUUCUUGAACUCAACAAAUGGUGAUUUACGAUGAAGUGGACCAUUAUCGACACGUUUUCCCAAGCUGACGCGAUCGUCCCCAAUUUCCCGAAACUCCUUGCCCCGUGCGUGUACCCAAUGCAAACCUGAAACCACAAAUUCGAACAAUUGAAUGGAGGAAACUAUUUACAAAAUUGUAGCUACCGUAGAGAACAUACACAAAUUUGAUAUUAAAGUUGAUACCGCAAUCCGGGUGACAACGGUGAAUUUAUUAAUCUUUGCUGCUAUGCUGUGCUGUAAAUGGUGUGUUGCACGUAACGGCCACAAACUGAACCGGGGGAGGGUAAUACUUCGUGUUCCUCCGGGUAGGCAAUAACUCUGGCCCUCCUUUCUUGCACACCUUUCCCCAUGACGCUCUAAAGCAUAUGUAAAAAGCUUGGCUAAUCUCCAAGAAUCCCGGUUUCGCGUGGUGGGGCACACACGGGAGGAUCUCUCAUUACCGCACAUUCAGCGUUCUAGUAGCACACAUACGGGGGGGCGGGGCAAAACGAGGAUGAGCUGCACUUUCUAUGGAUAUUUUUUUAAUGUAAAUGUGUUGAGCAACUAAAGUGGACGAAUUCUUAUAUUAUUGAUAACGCGGACAAAACUCUACAUAGGACACAGUAUGUAAAACACCCGAUCAAAUGUGAAACCCAUUUAAGCGAUGCAUAAAAAUAAAAUAAAAC